GGGAGGAGCUAAGCUCUAUAUAAUGGGAGGAAACCUCUGCAGCAGCACAUUGCAUUGUUUCCAGACAGACAAACAGACACAUGGAAGACUUGGGCAUUCAGCAUGUCAACCUGGAGCUGUCUGAAAAUCAGCAGCGACACAGGACGCAUGGCUUCAGAAACUCUAAAGAACUGGUGGUGCGAAGAGGGGCCCCAUUUAAUAUCAGCAUUAAGCUAAAGGGUCGACCCUUCAACCCCCAGACGGAUUCUCUAAGGAUUAAAGUUACACUAGGUCGUCUUUACGCAGUGAUGCCAGUCACUUUCUCCGAAAAGYACCCAUCCACCCGCUGGAAUGCCUGCAUCAACUCAAGCACCCUGAACCUCCAGGAACUCUCCGUCACCGUCUCCUCUCCUGCUUCUGCCCCGGUGGGAUGCUACAAAUUUCAGCUGUAUGUGUUCACACAAGAUGGCCGGAAGAGUUUUGUGGUGGGAGAUUUCAUCCUGCUCUGCAACCCUUGGUGCUCUGAGGAUGCCGUUUAUAUACCAUUUGAGGACCAGAGGGAGGAAUAUGUCCUGAGUGACUCUGGAUUGCUCUUUAUGGGGACUGCGAACAACCUUGUCUCAAGACCCUGGUCCUUUGAUCUGUAUGAGCCUGGGGUUUUGGAAGCGUGUCUGGAUCUGCUCAAAGUCAGCCCCCAGCAUCAAAAAAACAGAAAGAAGGACUGCAUGAACAGAUCCAACCCUGUCUACAUCAGCCGCGUUGUUUCUGCCAUGAUUAACUCUGAGGAUGAUCGCGGUGUGCUGAAAGGGAAUUGGACUGGCGACUUCAAACAGGGUGUCAGUCCCUCAAAGUGGACAGGAAGUGGGGACAUCUUGAGACUGUGGGUCAAGUCUGGUUACAGCCCAGUCAAGUAUGGACAGUGCUGGGUGUUUGCAGCAGUCAUGUGCACAGUCAUGAGAGUUCUCGGCAUUCCUUCCCGUGUCGUCACAAACUUCAACUCCGCUCACGACACCAACGCCAACCUGGUGAUUGAAGAGUACUACAGCGAAACAGGACAGAAGCUGAACCGAAGCAAUGACAGCAUAUGGAACUUUCAUGUGUGGGUGGAGUGCUGGAUGAGGCGCAGUGAUCUUGGGCCAGAGAUGGAUGGCUGGCAGGUUCUUGACCCAACCCCACAGGAGAGGAGUGGAGGAGUGUUUUGCUGUGGACCAGCUCCAGUCAAAGGAAUCAGGAAUCGGCGUACAGACCUGAUUUAUGACAUCCCAUUUGUCUAUGCUGAAGUGAACGCUGAUGUGCACACGAUCAUUCUGUCAAGUAAUGACCAGGUGGUUGGCUUCAGCAAAGACACAGAGAAAAUCGGAUCCCUAAUCUGCACUAAAGCCAUCGGCUAUCCUAGAGUGCAGAACAUCACUGGAGACUACAAAUGGAUAAAAAGUCCUACGUCAACACUUUCGUCACGAAGCUCCACAAUUUCAGAUGACUCAACACUAAGCAGAGCUACAGCAUCCAAGGGAGUGAUUGUCUUCUUGACACUGGCUAAACAUCCUGUUGCUGGGGAACCAAUCGUCUGCCUGGUGAAAAUUAUGAACAAGCAGAAAAUACCAAAGAUGAUGAAAGUGCAUUUGAAUGCUCAGGCAAAAGAGUACAACCACAGCCCCUCCGAAACCUUCUGGGAAAAACAUGGUGUCAUACAGCUGGCACCAUUGGAAGGUAAAUAGUCUGCUGGUCCCAUCUACACAUCUACACAUUUUGUCRUCACAAAAAGAAAAAUGUGUCUAUUGGCCCCUAAAAUUGUACAUUCUAUUAACAUAUAAGUUUCAUAGUC